UUGGCGCCGUUGAUGUGGUGAGCGCUGGUUGCUGCGGGUUUUGGUCCCGGCUGCAGUCGGUAGUGCCCCAACCGUCCCCCGCCUGCGCGGUCGGGGUUCCCCGGUGAGCUCGGCCGUUUCCCUUCUCCUGGUAUCUACAAGUAGGGGACUGCGGGGCGGGAGAUGGGCUGUAAUCGCAGGCAGUGUGGCUGGACAAAGACACUAACAAAAGCCUGUCUGAGCAUGUGCACACUUGGUUUUGAGUUGGGGCCGGGCAUUAAGAUAGCAUCUCCCCCAGGUAACCCAGGCUGGCCUCGAACUCGGGAUUCUCCGGCCCCGGCCUCCCUUGUGCUGGGAUGACAGGCAUGGGCCACCACUUGCAGCUUGGAAUGGGCUGCUUGAUAUUUCUGCCCUGGCUCUCCAGGUUGUAUCUGACUCUGUCUGCUCCCUCCCUUCUUUUUGUCUUUAAAACUGAAGCCUCCACUGAAGGACAGGACCAUGGAAGGCAAACCAGUGGUAGUAUCCAAACAGAAGACAGAAGUGGUAUGUGGCGUGCCCACCCAAGUGAUCUGCUCGGCCUUCAGCAGCCACAUCCUGGUGGUGGUGACCCAGUUCGGGAAGAUGGGUACACUAGUCUCCUUGGAGCCCAGCAAUGUGGCCAAUGACAUCAGCAAGCCAGUGCUGACCACAAAAGUCCUCCUCGGGCAGGACGAGCCUCUCAUCCAUGUCUUUGCGAAGAACCUGGUAGCGUUUGUAUCUCAAGAAGCAGGAAACAGAGCCGUCCUCCUGGCCCUGGCUGUAAAAGACAAGAGCAUGGAGGGCCUGAAGGCCUUGAAGGAGGUGAUCCGGAUGUGCCAGGUGUGGUGACCUGCAGUCAGCAGGACAUGACAGUCGGACAUGACAGAUGGACGCUCGGCGGGGUCUGUGAGACCCAUCUUUCCAGCGCCAGGACAGUCAGGCGGAGGCGCAUUCUCUGGCUUUAGCCCUUGAAGCCGGAAACGAAACGACAUUCAGAUCUCAGGGGACUCUCCCCGUGUGGCUGCAGUCUUCCACCUGCGGCCCUGGAAACGAGUCUGGGCCGCAGCAGAGGCACCUGCGGCGUGGAAAUCCGCAGCAGGUUCUGGGGACUGGCGGCCGUCAGUGUGUGUGCAGCAGCACUUGUGGGGAGACUUUUUCAUUAAAAGUAAAUCUAAAUUGCCUGA